AUGGCAACCAAAGCAUCGCUGGUGCAACUGCUGCUCAUCGCAGCAGUAGCCUCACACUUCGUCAGCUCACACGCGGGUAGCAUUGCGAUCUACUGGGGACAGAACAACGGCGAGGGCACGCUGGCAGACACCUGCGCCACUGGCAACUACAAGUUUGUCAACAUUGCCUUCCUCGCGGCCUUUGGCAAUGGCCAGCCACCAGUCCUCAACCUGGCUGGCCAUUGUGACCCAACUAAUGGCGGUUGUGCCAGCCAGAGCUCUGGCAUCAAGUCGUGCCAGAGUCGUGGAGUCAAGGUCAUGCUCUCCAUUGGAGGUGGGGCAGGAAGCUACUACCUUUCUUCGUCGGAGGAUGCCAAGAAUGUCGCGACAUACCUGUGGAACAACUUCUUGGGAGGCCAGUCGUCUUCUCGCCCUCUAGGUGAUGCGGUCCUCGACGGCAUUGACUUUGACAUUGAGGGUGGCACAAACCAGCACUGGGAUGAUCUUGCCAGGUACCUGAAAGGAUACAGUAACUUUGGAAGGAGAGUAUACCUGACUGCUGCACCGCAGUGCCCAUUCCCUGAUGCCUGGAUUGGUGGCGCCCUCAACACUGGCCUCUUUGACUAUGUUUGGGUGCAAUUCUACAACAACCCUCCCUGCCAGUACAGUUCAGGAAGCACUUCGAAUCUUGGUGAUGCAUGGAAGCAGUGGCUUUCAGUCCCAGCAAAGCAGAUUUUUCUUGGCCUCCCUGCAUCUCCACAGGCGGCUGGGAGCGGUUUCAUCCCAACUGAUGAUCUCAAGUCAAAUGUUCUUCCAAUGAUCAAGGGCUCAGCGAAAUAUGGAGGGAUCAUGCUUUGGUCGAAGUACUACGAUGACCAAGAUAACUACAGCUCUUCAGUAAAGAGCGAUGUUUAAGUCUGUUGACUGUUGAUUCUUAUGUGUGGGAAUAUCUGUGUUAUACUUUGUGUGCUGUGUUCCAUUGUUAUGUGCUACUAUAAUUAUAAUAAUAUUGC